GAGUACCACUCACAUCAACCUGACCUGAACCGUCGAAGAGCAAGCUUGAACAUUGAUCUGCAAAAUGAGUCCCUCUUUCUUCCUGCUGGCCUUGUGUCUCCCAGGCUUUCUGGCCGUGCCCAGUUACAAAGCCCUGUGGCAGUUCAGGAACAUGAUUCUCUGCAUCAAGCCCGACAGCUGGCCUGUGCUGGACUACGCUGACUACGGAUGCUGGUGUGGGAAGGGGGGCUCCGGCACACCUGUUGAUGAGCUGGACAGAUGCUGUCAGGUUCAUGACCAGUGCUACGACGAUGCAAUGCAGAACGAUGCCUGCUGGCCCAUCCUGGACAACCCCUACACAGAGAUGUACAGCUACGACUGUGACUCCCACAACAAGAACAUCACCUGCCGCCGUAAAAAUGAUCCGUGUGAGAUGUUCAUCUGUGAGUGUGACCGAUUGGCAGCCAUGUGCUUCGCUCGAUCAAAGUACAACCCAGAAAACGCUGAACUCCCAAGUUACCGCUGCCAGUGAGCUAGCCCACACUGGAUCAAUACGUCUCCUCAAUUAAAUGAAUAAAGAAAAACUCCACAUCAUUUAUUUGGUUAUUGUUUUCUCUCCUUUAAUAUAAUAAAUAUAUACGUCUAGCAUUGUGUAUAUU